UGGCGGUGCGGGUGUUCAGCCUGCUAAGGUCCCUGGUCCGGGCCCAACACCGCCGCCGCCGCCACUGCCGCUGCUGCAGCUCCGGGGCCCCGCUGGGCAGAGCCCGACGCCCCGAGGCCCGACACGGACCCCCCCAGGAGCAGCCCCAAGAGAGCCAGCUGGGCUUCCUGAAGGAGACCGCCGCCCCCGCCUCCCUGUUCCUGACGGACAGCUUUGGCCGCCAGCACACCUACCUGCGCAUCUCGCUGACAGAGAGGUGCAACCUCAGGUGUCAGUACUGCAUGCCCGAGGAGGGUGUCCCUCUGACCCCCAAGGCGGACCUGCUGACCACGCCGGAGAUCCUGCGCCUGGCCCGGCUGUUUGUCCAGGAAGGGGUGGACAAGAUCCGGCUCACUGGAGGCGAGCCCUUGAUCCGGCCCGAUGUGGUGGACAUUGUGGCUCAGCUGCGCCAGCUGCCUGGACUGAAGACCCUCGCGGUCACCACCAACGGCAUCAACCUGGCCCGGAUGCUGCCUCGGCUUCAGGAGGCUGGGCUGGACGCCCUCAACGUCAGCCUGGACACGCUGGUGCCCGCCAAGUUCGAGUUCAUCGUCCGCAGGAAAGGCUUCCACAAGGUCAUGGAGGGCAUCCACAAGGCCAUCGAACUGGGCUACGACCCUGUCAAGGUAAACUGUGUGGUGAUGCGUGGCCUGAACGAGGAUGAACUGCUGGACUUUGUGGCACUGAGUGAGCAGCUGCCUGUGGACGUCCGGUUCAUCGAGUAUAUGCCCUUCGACGGCAACAAGUGGAACUUCAAGAAGAUGGUGAGCUACAAGGAGAUGCUGGACACUAUCCAGGGGCGCUGGCCAGAGCUGGUCAAGCUGCCGGUCGAGGACUCCAGCACGGCUAAGACUUACAAAGUCCCCCACUUCCUGGGGCAGAUCAGCUUCAUCACCUCCAUGUCCGAGCACUUCUGCGGGAGCUGCAACCGGCUGAGGAUCACGGCUGACGGGAAUCUCAAGGUGUGCCUCUUCGGGAAUUCGGAAGUGUCCCUGAGGGACCAUCUGCGGGCCGGGGCCCCAGAGGAGGAGCUGAUGCGGGUCAUCGGAGCAGCUGUUGGCAGGAAGAAGCGGCAGCACGCGGGCAUGUUCAACAUCUCCCAGAUGAAGAAUCGGCCCAUGAUCCUCAUCGAUCGCCCACCGCUCCGAGCUGUCCGGCCGCACCUCCCCGACGAGCCAUCCUGGGGCCCCGCUCCGGGCCUGUGGACAACAUCUAGGCGGCCCGUGCCCAGCGGGACGGGCGGGUCGCGGUGGAGGGUGCUGCUGGCAGACCCCGGGUGGCUCCUGGCGAUCCCCGCAGCCGGCCCGGGGCAGGUCCCGCUCCGACACCGCUGCUCCGGCCCCAAGGACUCCGACCCCGACACCGUGUGCCUUCCGACUGGGGGACCCCCGCCCGGCACGGACCGCCUGACCCACGUGGACGCGGAGGGCCGGGCCGCCAUGGUGGACGUGGGAGGGAAACCGGCCACGGAGCGGACGGCCGUGGCCUCUGCCGUGGUGCUCCUGGGGCCCCGGGCCUUCGCCCUGCUGCGGGAGAACCGGCUGCAGAAGGGGGACGCCCUGGCCGUGGCCCAGCUGGCCGGCAUCCAGGGGGCCAAGCUGACCAGCCAGCUGAUCCCGCUGUGCCACCACGUGGCCCUGAGCCAGGUCCAGGUCCGGCUGGCCCUGGACGAGGGGCGCGGGGCCGUGCGGGUGGAGGCCACGUGCCGCGCCCUGGGGCCCACCGGGGUGGAGAUGGAGGCGCUGACGGCCGCCAGCCUGGCCGCGUUGACCCUCUACGACAUGUGCAAGGCCGUCAGCAGAGACAUCGUGGUGGAGGAGGUGCGCUUGAUCUCCAAGACGGGCGGGCAGCGUGGAGACUUCCACUACGACCCUCCAGCCGAUGUCCCAAGCUAGGCCCUCUGGGGCCCAGGCUGGGCCUCACUCCCCCCGGGCGGACCGUGACCCACCCAGGGUCUCCUUCCCUGUGUCGGGGGGCCGGCAGCCAGCGGAGAAUUCCUCCCUGGUGUUUGUCUGCUUCCAUGCUCUGGCCUCGUCUGUGUUUCCCCGAGCCCAGGCUACUCUCCAGUAUCCAGUGUCGACAGCGCCAGGAUUGAGAGUGAUGAUCAUUUGCCAUCCCGGGAGAUGCCAGGACCACCCACCCACCACCCCCCGUCACCCCAGCUUUGCCCAAAGCUGCCCCCAAGGAGCUCUAGGGCCUGGGUGUAGCGGCUCCUCGCCUCUCGCCCAUCCCCGGGGCCGACACUGAUGCCGGCCAGCAGGAAAUGGCCUCGAGGAAGGAAGCGGAAAAGCCGUGAGACUGAGCGGAUACCCCACACCCUGCCCUGCCUUGGCGGCUGCCUGAUGACCAGACCGUAACGGCUCUCGAGCGGAUGCUGCUUGUCCUACAACCUGCCCUCCUGCCCAGCCUGUAUCUUGCCCGGGGGGCCAUGGCAGUAACACAGCUCAGUUCCACUGAGGACCUUGGGAAUUCUGUAGGAUCCCUGCAGGGACCUCCCUCUUCCCCUCCCCCUGCAUCAGAAGUAAUAAAUAAUCAUAGCAUUUGGUAA